GGGAAAAUAGACCCUGGCCACGAAUCGGGGCUCUAUGGGCAGGGUGAUGAUUCUGAGUGCUCUCCUGCCCCAUCCCGCCCCGAAAACUUCUUCACCGAAUCUGCAAAAGCUAGCGACGUCCUUGCUAGUAGGAGAGAGAGAGGGGAAGGCGUGAGCUGGAGGCUGUGGCGCGCGUGGGCGAGGAGGGCUGUCGCCCCGGGUCCACCGGGUCUCCUGGGGGCGGGCCAGGCCAUGGGGACCAGAAGAUCAGCGUGACACCUUGGAGGGAGCCCCUGGUGUCUGGGGGGUCGUGCGCGAGUCCCCCCUCCCCCUUCCCUUCCCUUGAAUGAGUCAUAGCGGAGGAGGCAGGAGACGUGCCCCCUCAUCCAGCUGCCAGCCAGCUGUGCCCCCCCACCUCCCACCCCCACGUUAGUGCCAAGGUCGAGUUGGGAGGUCUUGGAUGCGGGAUCCGGGCCCCAGCUGGAGAAGGAGGAGUUAGCAUAGGUACGGCCCCGGCCACAGCGCUCGCUUGGGCUGGGUCGCAGGGUCCGGGUUCCGUUCCCCACUCUGGCCCCGCCCUCACCCUAAAUCCCAGCAGCAUCCCGGGAUCACCCACCGCGCCGGGCCGGCCGGCCCGCUCCCGGUGGUUCUCCACCCCACCCCGCCCCACCCCACCCUCCGCUCCUGGAAGGCCGAAAAACGUGGAGUGGAGUGAGAACUGGCUGAGAGGAGGAGAGCUGGACCUCGCGCCAGCCCCUUGCUGUGCUGCUCAUCAAGCCCAUCCUCAAAGUUCCUUUCCAGUCCCCCCCACCCCCCAGACCCAAAGGGUUAGGUAGGCGCAGGUUCAAACCGCCUCAGAAUGACUUGAGCUCCCAUCCGUUUUACUCAGCAGACGGGAGAUGCUGCUCUGAAGCCUCAUUCCCGCCCACACACUGCUCUCUGUCUAAGAGGACAGAUCGUUUAUGGUCUCUGCUGGCCCCACCAGCUAGUCUGGACUGAAGCGAGGUCUCCCUCUACUGGACACUGGAGAGAUUGCAUAGGCGCUCUUGGGCGAGCCAGCAGCCCUGGGCAUGAAGUCAGACCUUCGGAGCAUUUCCCCAUCACACCUUCAAAGCGUGUGCCCUGGCCAGAACAAGGGGUGGAGGGACCGUGGCAUUAAAAUCACCUGGAAUUUAUGUUAGAUCAAUUAGUCCGUAUCUUUCCCAUGUGCAUACACAGACCGUGAGGCUUUUACCCAGUUUCCCCAAAAGAUCCCGAAGACUUAACAGACCGCUUCUGCCUGCUCUUUGGGAUGUUUCUUCCUAACGCUGCGGGAUGACAUUGUUUUCCACUUGAUUCCCUUGACCAGUCUCUGAGAGAGAGGUUAGGGGCCCAGGGGGCUGGCGGCGGUUUCGUGCCCACUGAGACCGACGUUUGUCUUCUGUUCCUCGCCGUCCUUGUAACUUGGCAGAUCUGCAUCUUCCUGCAGUCUCCCACAUCCUUCCCUGAGACACCAUGUUCAACUCCAUGACUCCACCACAAGUCAAUAACUAUGGUGAGCCCUGCUGUCUCCGACCCCUCCCCAGCCAAGGGGUCCCCAGCCUGGGGACAGAAGGAUGUUCUGGUUUACCCUUUUGCCACCAAGCCAACUUUAUGUCAGGGCCCCAGGGUUAUGGGUCUGCCAGAGAGACCAGCGGCUGUACCGAGGGGCCGCUCUUUCCUCCUCCCCGGAGUUCGGUCAAGCUGACAAAGAAGCGAGCCCUCUCCAUCUCGCCCCUGUCUGAUGCCAGCCUGGACCUACAGACAGUCAUCCGCACCUCACCCAGCUCCCUUGUGGCUUUCAUCAACUCGCGCUGCACAUCUCCAGGAGGCUCCUAUGGCCACCUCUCCAUUGGCACCAUGAGCCCAUCUCCAGGAUUCCCACCCCAGAUGAGUCACCAAAAGGGGACUUCGCCAUCCUAUGGAGUCCAGCCCUGUGUUCCACAUGACUCUUCUCGGGGUGCAAUGAUGCUGCACCCUCAGUCCCGGGGACCGCGUCCGACCUGCCAGCUGAAGUCGGAGCUGGACAUGCUGGUGGGCAAGUGCCCAGAGGAGCCUUUGGAAGGUGACAUGUCUAGCCCCAACUCAACAGGCACGCAGGAUCCCCUGCUGGGGAUGCUGGAUGGGCGGGAGGACCUGGAGGAGAAACCUGAGCCCGAGUCUGUCUACGAGACUGACUGCCGCUGGGAUGGCUGCAGUCAGGAGUUCGAUUCCCAGGAGCAGCUGGUGCACCAUAUCAACAGUGAGCACAUCCACGGGGAGCGGAAGGAGUUCGUGUGCCACUGGGGGGGCUGCUCCCGGGAGCUGAGGCCCUUCAAGGCCCAGUACAUGCUGGUGGUGCACAUGCGCAGACACACGGGCGAGAAGCCGCACAAGUGCACGUUUGAAGGUUGUAGGAAGUCAUACUCACGCCUCGAGAAUCUGAAGACGCACCUGCGGUCGCACACAGGGGAGAAGCCCUACAUGUGUGAGCACGAGGGCUGCAGCAAGGCCUUCAGCAACGCCAGCGACCGCGCCAAGCACCAGAAUCGGACUCACUCCAACGAGAAGCCGUAUGUGUGCAAGCUCCCUGGCUGCACCAAGCGCUACACAGAUCCCAGCUCACUCCGCAAACACGUCAAGACAGUGCACGGUCCUGAUGCCCACGUGACCAAGCGGCAUCGAGGCGACGGCCCCUUGCCACGGGCACCGUCCCUCUCCACGGUGGAGCCCAAGAGAGAGAGGGAAGGGGGAUCCAUCAGGGAAGAGAGCAGAUUGACUGUGCCCGAGGGUGCCAUGAAGCCACAGCAGAGCCCUGGGGCGCAGUCCUCCUGCAGCAGCGGCCACUCCCCGGCAGGCAGCGCGGCCAACACCGACAGCGGGGUAGAAAUGACGGGCAACGCGGGGGGCAGCACCGAGGACCUGUCCAGCCUGGAUGAGGGCCCUUGCGUUGCGGGCGCUGGACUUUCCACUCUUCACCGCCUGGAGAACCUCAGGCUGGAUCAGCUGCAUCAACUCCGGCCAAUGGGAUCCCGGGGUCUCAAACUGCCCAGCUUAACCCACGCUGGCACACCCGUGUCGCGCCGCCUGGGCCCCCCAGGCUCCCUGGACCACCGCAGCCCCAGCUCCAGCAGCAUCAGUUCCGCUUACACCGUCAGCCGCCGCUCCUCCCUGGCCUCCCCUUUCCCUCCUGGAUCCCCACCAGACAACGGGGCGUCCUCCCUACCCGGCCUCACACCUGCCCAGCACUACAUGCUCCGCGCCAGAUACGCCGCCGCCACUGCGUCAGCCCGGGGGAGCGGCACCCCGCCCACCGCAGCGCACGGCCUGGACCGCAUGGGGGCUCUCCCUGUACCUCCUUGGAGAAGCCGAGCCGAGUACCCAGGGUACCACCCCAACGCAGGGGUCACCCGGAGGGCCAGUGACCCAGCCCGGACUGCCGACCACCCUGCCCCAGCCAGGGUCCAACGGUUCAAGAGCCUGGGAUGUGUCCACACGCCCCCUGGUGUGGCGACAGGACGGAGCUUCGAUCCCCACCUCCCUACCUCUGUCUAUUCGCCACAGCCCCCCAGCAUCACCGAAAAUGUUGCUAUGGAUACCAGAGGGCUACAGGAGGAGCCGGAAGUUGGAACUUCCGUGAUGGGCAACGGUCUGAACCCAUACAUGGACUUCUCAUCGGCUGAUAGUCUGGGAUACGGGGGACCCGAGGGAAUGGCCGCUGGGCCUUAUGGAGCGAGGGGUCCAGGUUCCCUGCCUCCCGGGACUGGUUCGCUGGCCAACUAUGGCCCUAGCCACUGUGCCCAGCAGGGCUCCUAUCCUGACCCCACCCCGGAAACAUGGAGUGAGUUUCCUUCCCAUUCUGGGAUGUAUCCCGGCACUAAGGCUCCAAGUGGAGCCUAUAGCCAGUGUCCUCGACUUGAACAUUAUGGACAAGUGCAGGUUAAACCAGAACAAGGGUGCCCCGUGGGGUCCAACUCCACCGGACUGGCACCCUGCCUCAACGCCCACCCCAGUGAGGGGUCUCCAGGCCCACAACCUCCAUUUUCCCAUUAUCCCCAACCCCCUCCUCCCCAGUAUCCCCAGUCGGGUCCCUAUCCUCGGUCUUCCCAUGAUUAUCUUCCGUCAGAACACAGGCCUGGCCUCAGUUUUGACUCCCUCUCUCAUUCCACAGGACAGCUCAAAGCUCAGCUUGUGUGUAAUUACGUUCAGUCCCAGCAGGAGUUGCUGUGCGAGGGUAAGGGCCGGGGAGGGUUCCCCGACCAGGAACUUCUCUAUCAGGGCUCCAAGUUUCUGGGGGGUUCCCAAGCUCAUCAAAGCCCUGCCAAAGGGCCAGCAGCUACCUAUGGAUCUGGCUUUGCACCUGCUUUGGCCAAUCACAAGUCAGGCUCCUUUCCCACCCCUUCACCGUGCCAAGAGACCUUUGCAGUGGGGGCGAACCGGCCUUCCCAUAGGCCAGCAGCAGCACCACCCCGGCUUCUGCCUCCACUGCCCUCUUGCUAUGGACCCCUCAAGGUGGGGGGCACCAACCCCAGUUGUGGACAUCCUGAAGUGGGCAGGUUGGGCGCAGGCCCCGCCUUGUACCCUCCCCCUGAAGGGCAGGUGUCCAACCCUUUGGACUCUCUUGACCUGGACAGCACUCAGCUGGACUUCGUGGCUAUUCUGGAUGAGGCCCAGGGGCUGAGUCCUCCUCCUUCCCAUGAGCAAGGGGACAGCUCUAAAAAUACCCCACCUCCCUCUGGACCUCCCAACAUGGCAGUGGGUAACAUGAGUGUCCUGCUGGGGUCUCUGCCCGGAGAGACCCAAUUCCUCAACUCUAGUGCCUGAAAGGAUAAGGAAUCCCAACCAGGUCAU